AUGACGUUUUUAGGACACUUUCACCUGGGUCCCAAGAAACCUGAGUCGAGUACCGAGGCAAGUGGCACGCCGCCGCCUGAGCGUGGUCGUCCUCUGCGUGCGUCUGGCCGCGGCGGCGCUGGCAAUAUGCACCAUCAGCUUGCAGAGCGCGAUGUGACCGAUGAAAAUGCUAUACGGGAGCAGCUGUAUACCGUCCAUGUAGGCCGCGGUGGGGCCGGCAACGUGCGAUCUCCCUCGCGUGAUCCUUUGGAUCGGCAGCGCCACGAAGACGAGAAAAUUCGGGCGCUGGAACAGCAAGGCAAAUUGCAAAGCGAAGAGCUUUCGCACGUGCAAGUCACAGGCCGCGGUGGCCGUGGCAACAUUCCGCAUCCCAACACCGAUAUCGAGCAUAGUCGAGGGCGCAGUAUGUCACCUUCGUCGGUCCUUCGUUCCUUAUCGCGUUCUCGCUCGGCCUCGCGUGAACCUGGCCCGUCACGCCGCGAGAAAUCUGUGCCGCGUGUGCCUGUGCUGGAUCGCGUACGAGAGGCAGUGUAA